AAGCCCCUUCUGAUAUUUUUUGUUAUUAAGUUUACGUAGAGGAAUUACUUGCAUACGUGUAUCGAUAUGAUGACAAUCCAUUGCGAGACGAAGUAAUGAGGCUAGAAAAAUUGUAUGGAGCUAAAUGGAUUUUAGAUCUGUUCAAAAAUAUCAAUCCCAAUGAUGCUAAUUCACUGCAGACCUACUCAGAAAAUUAUGAACGACUAUCUGAUAUAAAGAGCAAUCCAGAUCUUGAUGAAUAUUCCCAAAGUUUAAUAGAAUCUGCAAUAGAGAAGAAGUGGAAUGCGAGAUUAAACUUUGAUCUGGCAACCAAUACAUACUUGAACAUGAAACCUUCAUCCAAAAGCUCGUCUUUGACAGAAAAUAACAGGAAAUCACUUGAUGAAAGAAAAUCAACUCUGGGAGAAACUGAAAAUCAAUAUAAAGAGUCUAAAUUACGUCUUAAAAGAAUGUAUAGGGAAAUGGUUGAAGCAGGACAUUCCCUUGCAAAAGUCUACGCAAAUCCAGAAGUGAAAGCUGAAACAGCAAAAUACGAACAUGCCUUCAUUAAAUAUCUCAGUGAAUUAAAUGAUCAUCUUAAAACAUUGACAAAUAUGGAAGUUCAAAGAAUAGAUGUCCUUGAAUUACUUUCAUUAGAAGAAAGAAUAAAAAUCUACGAAAGUAUAAUGCAGGAAGAAAGUAAGUACUCUCUUUAGGGGUUUUGUUACGUAAUGUAGAAAUAAACUUGUAAUUGUAUGAUAAUAUUGUCUUAUUUACAAACCAUUUUGAAUAAUUCUGAUUUUUCUUCAGUAAACUCAAUUUAAAGGCCUAAAAAUGUGAGUAAUCACCUUAGAAGAUGUUUUCCGAUUUUCACUCGCGCGUUUCAUCCUAUUUAAUAUUCAUCAGUGGGAUGUAUCUGGAUCUUAUAGUGUGGUACUGGGUUCGAGUCCCAGAGUGAACAUCAACUCUGAGAUACAGGUACAUCCGGCUGACAUUUCUGAAAUAGGACGAAACGUGAUUCAAACUGCAUUCCACUGCUAGCCAUUAUGCAACUUCGCUUAUAUUAUUGGAUGCUGUAUUGGCUUUGUUAUAGUAUGCAAUAUUACCUAUGAGUAUUUAUCACGCAUAUAAACUAAUCAAGGUAGUAAAUGGAUUGAUUAAAAUGCAUUAAGUUACUUGAUUGAUUGAAUAAAUGUCUUAGGGAAUGCACCAACUUAAAUCAGAUGACAACCUUUUCACUUAAUAAACUAUCAAAUCAUAUCUUACAAUUACAAAUGAUUGUAGAGCGAAAAUGUCAAGACUCCUUAACAAUUCUUCCUUAAAAUGUGAGACAAUGAAUGUUCUGUUGCAAUCGUCAAUCAUUCAACUAUCACUAGCUUAGACCCUGCUGUCGGUAUGUAUUGGUGCAUAUCGUCAAACCAUAUUAGCAUAUAGAGAUGAAAGUAACAAAAUACAUUGAGAUAGAAUGUUAGCGAUGAUAGUCAUGAAAAUUACACGUCCUUAAUAUUGUUUGAAAUGGUAGAUUUAAAGCGUUUGCAUGGAGGAUUACUGAGGUUCGAUAUCUAGUGGAAGAUAGAGUGGACGAUUCUGAGCCAUGUCAACACCUUGACAACUCCAAACAGUGAUUGUUAUUAACGCAUUGGUUUAAAUCAUAUGUGCUGCACCUACUGAUGAGUUCGGAACAACAAUCUGUGACUUCAUAGACUAAUGCUAACACCUGAUUAGGCUGUCUGUUGGACUAGGAGCAGCCAGUUGAAGCAAGUGGUGAAUAGGCACAGGUGACACAUGUUCCAAACAAUCUAAUCGAUCACAACUUAUAGCUUCCGUUACUCAGUCUCCUGUGCAGCUUCUUCACUCGGCUUUGUCGACAUUUACUAGGUCAACCAGUGCAUCAUUUGUGCGAAUAUCAACUCAUGAUAAGUGAGGUGAUGGAAUCGUCACUCAUAAGGGAAUAUUUAUAGAUAAAAUAAAUAAAAACGAUGAAUGUUGUCCAUCUCUGAUGGAUAUCACAUGACAAUUCUGGUAAACCUGACUACAAUCUCCGACACAAGCAAACAUUCACCAUAAAAAGAUUACUCGCAAGAUUUGUUUGCUGCUAUGGUCUGCAUUUUAACAAAAAAAUUAACACGAAAGCUUUUGAUCAAUACGGACGAAUGAUUUCUCGGAGUCAAGAAAUAGGACUCUUGUUGUAUGCCAUUAAGUUUGCUUGUAUUUAAAAACCUGAAGAGUGUGCAUUUAGUUGAUACAUUCACAUUCAAGUCUAAAACCCGUCCAAGCUCCCAAGAAUUCCUCAUCAACAUCAAAAUUUUGUCAUCAUACGGACACAGAGGCUUGUAUUUUCGUUACUAUACUGGUUAAACCGAUUCUUCUGUGUUAAUUAUGAAAGGAUGUUAAAUCCGUCAUGUAAAGUGUUACGGUCAGCUAUCAAAGCAAGUCAGAUAAGAUGACGUCCGACUAUCAAACUUCAACCAGUGGCUAUAUUAGCUUACUUUUAAAACUGUAUCACUACCGUGAAAGAUAUCCAAGUUUAAUAGAGACGAGUUUUCUGCACUCCUC